AUGCACAUGCUGACCGGAGAGCGCUCUCUGUCUUGGGACGCCGUGGAGGGGCCCUCGGCCCCGCCCGACCCGCAGAACGCCAUGGUGCUCUUCUUGAACCCCGUGGCGGUGACGCUGAUGGGGCUGAGCGCGCGCGCCUCCGGGCUGCUGCUGCUGCGCCGGGGCAUCCCCCGCAUGGUGGCCCGCCUCGCCCGCGUCGACCAGCGCCUCGACCUGCCGCCUCGACUCCCGCGAGGACUGCGCCGCCGCGCGCUCCUUGUCGCCUCCGUCGGCGCCAUCUUCUUCGUCUUCUUCGUCACUUUCUUGGCCGUUCGAUUCUCCCAGUCGGGCGCUGUCUCCUUGGUUUUCGUGAUGUUGCUCUUCUGGUGCAAUAUGGGGGCUUUGGUGGCAGACCAAUUAUUUAUCUGUUUGUGUCACAAUUUUAGUGAAAGGUUUAAGUUUUUAAAUGAAUGCCUUGAUCAGGGGAGGGUUCUCGAUUUGUCGUUCACUUUACGGAACACGCCAUUACCGAAUAUUAUCCUCACCAGAAACCAAAUAGCUUCGUGUUCCCGUGAACUGGAAAAGGAGCUCCAGGAAGCGCGCCAAAGAGUCGUUCCUUCCCAACCCAAUCCGGGUUGGGGCGCGUGGUCACGUGGUUUUCCCGCCCCUUCCAACUCCCCUGCUUGGCGCCUCACGGGGCAGUCGGUAGCCGGCCUCCGGCAGUGCCACCUGGAGCUGUGCGACCUCUCCGACGAGCUGUGCCAUCUGUUUCGGUUCCACUUGCUGACCUCGCUGAGCGGCAGCUUCGCCAACGUGCUGCUCAACCUGUACCUGGCCCUCUACGGGGUGUCCCUGCAGGAGCCCGUGCACGCGCCGGCCCCCGACCCGCUGCAGGCCGCCGGCUCCGUGCUCACGGGCGUGUGCUACGCCGUGCGCUUCGUCGCGGUCUUGGCGCUGCUGAGCGCGCACGUCGCCGCCCAAACGGAUGCCUUCUCCGUGCUGGGCUUCUUUUCCCUGCGCGCGAGCCUAGUGUCUUCGGCUUUCGCCGCUGGACUUACGUAUAUGGUGAUAAUGGUCCAAUUUCGAGAAGCUUAAAUAGAUGAAUCACUUGAAUUUUUCUAUUAUUCAAGCACCUUCUGGUAAUGCAGAACUGUGCGAGGAAUUGAAGACUCUGAAAUAACUUUUCGUGCACUAUUCGUUAUUGAAAGUGAAGACCUUAUAAUUAAAAAAAUAAAUAUCUGUUUUGAAGAAAAGAACCCAUAUUCUAUGUUGAUAAAAUUAAUGUUUGGGUAGAUGUUAACGUGACUUAUGUUAACUUAAAAUGUUAUUGUUAGAGUAAAUUAUAUGAUACGAAACAUUCGAAGAAAAUGCAAUACUCAUGUAAGUCAAAUAAAUAUUGCAGUGAAAAGUGAACGCAAUCGGAAUCAGUCCUGUGAAGCAAGAAACAUGAUGUAGAUGUAGUCAUCUUUUGCAGUUAUAUAAUUGUUUUUUAUACAUUACAGCUGACUAACCGUAAUUUGUCUCAUACCUGACAGCAUAAACAAUAUAAAUCAAUUGACUUAAGAAUUUAAAAAAUAAAAUUCACUGUAUGUAAUUUUUAUGUACAAAACGAGAAGUGUAUCAAAGAAGACAAUGAACACACUUUAUUAAUGUGUCCCUGAGAACAAAAGAAUAAACAAUGAAAAGCCGUGAGAUGACAUGGCUAGAGUUACAAUGAUGUACAUUUCUGAUGAAUUCUUGUAAAUUAUGGAAAUAUA